CCGUUUUUUUCGUUUUACAAUUUUAUAAUUUCUUUACUAACUAUGGACUCGAGAAACGAAUGCAUAGACAUUGAAUUAUUUAUAAGUACUAUUGAAAACGGGAAUGCAUUAUGGAACACUCAAACUGCUGAAUAUAACCUGGGAAAAUAUAAGUAAAAUAUUUUACCAUAAUGUUGACGAUAAACCAACUGCAGAAAAAAAUAACAUUGUGUGUGAUCUAAAGAAAAUAACUUGCUACCUUCAACUCAAGAUUUGCUUAAAGAAGGUGUUUAUUAUAUUUUUAUUUUUUGUGUUUUUCCUAAUAAAACUGUUCGGCGCACCGUCUCCCGUCGGUGUACAACACUCUUUAAAUAUUGUGCAAAUGUGGGAUAUGUCUAUGUCUAUGGAAGAGAUGGAUUCUAUACAACAACUGAAAUCCAAUCAAUGUAAAUCUAUAAAUUAUAAAAACAGUUCUCACAAGGACAGAGUGUUUGAAGUACUUCAAUCUUUCCGCAACGAAAAUGACAUUUUUUGUGAUAUUAUGUUACAAACAGACGACGGUAUUAUAGUAUACGGGCAUAAAUAUAUACUGGCAUCAGCUACCCCUUAUUUCAAGGCUAUGUUUUCUAGUUUUAGUGAAAGCAAUAAAGAUCGUGUUAAUAUAACAAAGGUAGAUUCGACUAUUUUAAAACUAUUGAUUGACUAUAUAUAUACAGGAGAAAUCAUGAUCACUCAUGAAAAUGUACAGUUUGUAUUAGUAGCUGCAGAUCUCUUACAGCUAGACUAUGUAAAACAAGCAUGUGUUGAGUUUUUACAAAAACAACUGGAUCCUUCAAAUUGUCUUGGUAUUAAAGUAUUCGCGGACUUACACAACUGUAUAGAAUUAUGGUCUAACUGUGAAGCAUUUAUAAAAAACCAGUUUUUAGAAGUGGUUAAGUGUGAUGAGUUUCUAUCAUUAUCUUCUGAAGAAGUGAUUAAAUUAAUAUCCUGUAAUGAUGUUAAUGUUCCAUUUGAAGAAAAAGUAUAUGAAUGUGUUAUUAAAUGGGUAAAACAUGAAUUGAAUCAGAGAAUACAUUUAUUACCCAAUCUAAUGGAACAUGUGCGUUUGCCAUUAAUUUCGAAAGAGUAUUUAGUAGAAAAUGUAGUUAAUGAACCUCUUCUAAAAAAUGAUCCAAAAUGUAAAGAAUAUGUAUUUGAAGCAUUACAUUUUCAAGUAAUUAAGUCAGUAAAACCUUUCUCUAUUCCAGAAACGAUUUGGAGUAAACCUAGACAGUUAUCAAAAAUCGUUUUAGUGUUAAGUUGGUCUAAAUCAGAGAAAAAGUUUACUACAAACUGGUAUGACCCAGCAACCAACCAAUUGCAGCUUGGACCAGAAAUUACUAACUGCAAUCAGUACCCUACUGAGUUUGUUGUAAAAGAUAAAUUUGUGUUUGUUAUGUAUCGUGGUUUUAAGAUUUUUGAUAUGUUUGAUACAUCCUUAAAAUCGCCCUGUUUGGUUCGCAAGCCAGAUUUGUUAGUUAGUCGAUCAUCAUUUAGAGCUUGUGUAUUAAAUGAUUGCAUAUAUUCUAUUGGCAGCGAUACUAAAAAUUAUUCUGAUUCCCAUAAAGAUUUUUUAAAUACUGUAGACGUUUUUAACCUCAAUACUCAAAAAUGGCAAAUAGUAUCUGAAAAAAUCUCUAAGAGAAAAAACAUAAGUUUUGGUGUUGGAGUGCUUAAUAACUUCAUAUAUACAGUAGGAGGUUUUAAUGGUUCGACUUAUUUGAAAUCUGUUGAAUGUUAUGAUCCCAGUCUUGACAAAUGGUAUCCAGUUGCAGAAAUGUCAAUUGAACGGUGUAAUGUUGGUGUAGGAGUUUUAAAUGGCAUAAUGUAUGUUGUUGGUGGAGCUAAUAAAUUGGGAAUUCAUAAAUGUGUUGAAGCCUUUAGUCCAUAUAAUGGAGUUUGGACAUCUAUUACUGAUAUGAAUUUGUGUCGAGAAAAUCCUGUAGUGGCUUUGGAUGGUUUAUUGUAUGUUAUUGGAGGAAAUACAAAUUCUAAUUCUAUUGAAAUCUAUAAUCCUAAAAUUAAAUCCUGGUCAAUGAAAACAAUAUCAAUAAGUGGUCAAAUGUUUAGAACAGUGGUCGUUAAUAGACCACCACAUUUAAUAAUCAAUUAGCAUACACAAUAUCUUUUUUAGUAUUUUUUUAACUAUAUUAAUAUUUGUAUUGUUUAUGAUAAUACAUUAAAUAGUAUUUUAAGUUUCCAAAUACUUAAGAUUUUGAUUGUUUACUAUUAUUAAAAUACAUUUACAAGCUAUAGAAUUUAUUAAUUUUAUAGUACCUUUUACCUAAAUAUUAUAUUAGACAUUAUAUGAUUGUGUAAAAGCUAAUAGUGCAGUAUUGUAUAGAAGAAUAGUAUGAAAUGUUUAUAUCUAAACCUUGAGGUUGCUAUCGAUAUUCACAGAAUUUGUGGUGUAGAUAUUACUUUAAAAAAAUAAAUGUAUAAUGAUUAUA